GACAGAGAGGGGAGAGGGACACAGAAUAAAGUGUAGAGCAGAGGGGGAGAGACAGUGAGUCUGAACACGGUGCAGGGGGGCAGGCUGGCUGCAUUGCACUAGGGGCAUAGCACUGGGCAGAGGAACAGCUGAGGCUGGCAAUAGGGCGAGGGGCUCCUGCUGCAGUGACCCUUGGGCCGUGCUGGGGAUCCAGGGCAGCGAGGACACCGGUCCUGGGUGACUGCAUGUGCAGCUGCUGCCUGGGGGGACAGGACUUCUGCACCCGGGAGCUGACUGACUGCUGCUGGCUAUGGCAGCCCGCGGGUGAGCACCUGGAGAUUCGGGCUGUGCAGUGACACUGAGGGAGGAUACCUGUGGAUCACCUGCUGCUGCCGCCUCGGUGCCCGCUGGAAGGAUCUAGGUGUUAUGGGAAGUCUGGGAGCGGAUCCCGGGGGAAUGAGGCUGCUGGAGGGCUCCUGCCUGACAUUGCUGCUCCUCCUGUGCCUGCCAGUGUUCUCCAGUACCUCAGAGUGUGCAUGCGGGCGUAACCACUUCACCUGCGCAGUCAGUGCGUUUGGGGAAUGCACGUGCAUCCCAGCACAGUGGCAGUGCGAUGGCGACAACGAUUGCGGAGACCACAGCGACGAAGAUGGCUGCAUGCUUCCUACCUGCUCUCCGCUGGAUUUUCACUGUGACAACGGGAAGUGCAUUCGGCGCUCGUGGGUGUGUGAUGGGGACAACGACUGUGAGGAUGAUUCUGACGAGCAGGACUGUCCUCCCCGGGAAUGUGAGGAAGACGAGUUCUCCUGUCAGAAUGGAUACUGCAUCCGCAGCCUGUGGCACUGCGAUGGGGACAAUGAUUGUGGCGACAACAGCGAUGAACAAUGUGAUAUGAGGAAGUGCUCGGAGAAGGAGUUUGGGUGCACCGACGGAAGCUGCAUCGCUGAGCACUGGUUCUGUGAUGGGGACACGGACUGCAAGGAUGGAUCUGACGAGGAAUCUUGUCCCUCGGAUGUUCCUGCUCCCAGCUGCAGCAUGGAGGAGUUUCAGUGUGCCUAUGGGCGCUGCAUCCUGGACAUUUAUCACUGCGAUGGGGAUGACGAUUGUGGAGACUGGUCCGAUGAAUCUGACUGCUCUUCCCAUCAGCCUUGCCGCUCAGGAGAAUUCAUGUGCAACAGUGGUCUGUGUAUCAACUCCGGCUGGCGCUGUGACGGAGACGCGGACUGUGACGAUCAGUCUGACGAGAGGAACUGCACGACCUCCGUGUGUACUGCGGACCAGUUCCGCUGCAGUUCAGGACGCUGUGUACGGCUUUCUUGGAGAUGUGAUGGUGAGGAUGACUGCUCCGAUAACAGCGAUGAGAAGGGAUGUGAGAAAACUGGAACCCCGCAGUGCGCUCAGGACCAGUUCUUGUGCAGUAAUGGCCGCUGUAUCGGGCAGAGGAAGCUGUGCAAUGGAGUUAAUGAUUGUGGGGAUGGCAGUGAUGAGAGCCCACACCAGAACUGCCGGCCACGGACCGGAGACGAGAAUUGUAACCACAACAAUGGCGGCUGCGCGCAGAAGUGUCAGACGGUGCGCGGGUUGGUACAGUGUACGUGUCAGACAGGAUACAAGCUAAUGGACGAUGGACGAUCAUGCCAAGAUGUGAAUGAGUGUGCAGAGGAGGGGUAUUGUAGCCAAGGCUGUAGUAACACAGAAGGAGGGUUCCAGUGCUUCUGCGAGACAGGAUACCAACUACGGCCGGAUAAACGCAGCUGCAAGGCCCUGGGACCGGAACCGGUUCUGCUCUUCGCCAAUAGGAUUGACAUCCGUCAGGUCUUACCGCACCGCUCUGAGUACACACUGCUCCUCAAUAACCUGGAGAACGCCAUUGCCUUAGAUUUCCACCACCGCCACGAGCUGGUGUACUGGUCGGACGUUACCUUGGACCGCAUCAUGAGCGCCAACCUUAAUGGUAGCAAUGUAGAAGAGGUGGUGUCUACAGGUCUCGAGAGUCCAGGAGGUCUAGGCAUUGACUGGAUCCACGACAAGCUGUUUUGGACAGACUCUGGUACCUCUCGCAUUGAAGUAUCCAAUCUAGAUGGUACUCACCGCAAGGUCAUCCUCUGGAACAACUUGGAGAAGCCUCGAGCCAUAGCUCUGAAUCCGAUGGAAGGCACCAUCUACUGGACAGAUUGGGGUAAUACGCCACGCAUUGAAUAUGCCAGCAUGGAUGGCUCCAACAGACGUGUCAUUGCAGAUACGCAUCUCUUUUGGCCCAACGGUCUGACUAUUGAUUAUGCCGCGAGACACAUGUAUUGGGUGGAUGCUAAGCACCAUGUCAUUGAGAGAGCAGAUCUUAAUGGCUCCAAUCGCAAAGCUGUAAUCAGCCAAGGACUUCCACAUCCGUUUGCUAUCACGGUGUUUGAGGACAGUCUGUAUUGGACUGAUUGGCAUACCAAGAGCAUAAACAGUGCCAAUAAGUUCACGGGAAAGAACCAAGAGGUGAUACGAAGUAAACUGCACUUCCCCAUGGAUAUCCACACCCUGCAUCCACAACGUCAGCCAAUAGGAAAGAACCGUUGCGGGCUUGAUAAUGGUGGCUGCUCGCACCUGUGUCUCCCCAGCGGUGACACUUUCAGUUGCGCUUGUCCCACUGGUUUUCGCAAGACAGGACUCAAGACCUGUGCCAUAAGUCUUGACAAGUUCCUGCUUUUUGCCCGAAGGACGGACAUCCGGAGGAUCAGUUUUGACACCAAUGAUCUAUCCGAUUUUGUCAUCCCUCUGUCCAAUGUCCGCAGUGCCGUCGCACUGGACUGGGAUUCAGCAGAUGACUACAUGUAUUGGACCGACACCAACACAGACUCUAUCAGCCGCGCAAAGUCAGAUGGCAGCAGCCAGGAGGUCAUCGUAGAGACCAGCCUGGAGAGCCCAGCUGGAUUGGCUUUAGACUGGGUUACGCAGAAGCUGUACUGGACGGAUGCAGGGACAGACCGGAUAGAGGUCUCUAACACGGAUGGAUCUCUGCGCAGUGUCCUGAUCUGGGAAAACCUGGACAGACCAAGGGACAUUGUGGUGGAUCCAGUAGGAGGGUUCAUGUACUGGACAGACUGGGGAGCCAACCCAAAGAUUGAACGAGCUGGGAUGGAUGCCUCUGGACGUAUGGUCAUUAUCUCCUCCAAUCUCACGUGGCCAAAUGGACUGGCUAUUGAUUACGAGUCAGAAAGGCUUUAUUGGGCUGAUGCCGGCAUGAAAACCAUAGAAUCCGCUAAACUUGAUGGAGCUGACCGCAUGGUGCUGAUUGGAACAGACCUCCCCCACCCCUUUGGUCUGACACUAUAUGAAGAUCGCAUUUACUGGACAGACUGGCAGUCAAAAAGCAUUGAGAGCGCGGUUCGCAAGACUGGACUUGACCGCAAAACAGUGCGGGAGAACUUGGAGAAUCUUAUGGACAUUCAUGUGUUCCACCGACAGCGACCCCAGGUUCGCUCGGCAUGUUCGAUGAAUAACGGGGGAUGCAGUCAUAUCUGUCUCCUCUCGCCCCACCCAAAAGGCCACAGCUGUGCCUGUCCCACAGGGGUUAAUCUGCUUGAAGAUGGCAACAUCUGUUCCUCAGGAAUGGAUCGUUUCCUCAUCUUUGCCCGGAGGACUGAUAUCCGCUCUGUCUCUUUGGACAUCCCCUACUUUGCGGAUGUUGUUGUCCCCAUCAAUGUGACCAUGAAGAACACAAUUGCUGUUAGUGUGGAUCCUCUGGAAGGUUUGGUGUACUGGGCGGACAGCACGCUUCGUAAAAUUAGUAGAGCGGCGCUGGAUGGGUCUAAACAUCAAGAUAUAAUCACCACCGGCUUGGUGACCACCGAUGGUCUUGCAGUGGAUGCAAUUGGCCGUAAGGUGUAUUGGACAGACACUGGGACCAAUCGAAUCGAGGUGGGAAAUUUGGAUGGUUCCAUGAGGAAGGUGCUAGUUUGGCAGAACCUGGGAAGUCCCCGAGCGAUUGCCCUGUAUCACGAGAUGGGAUACAUGUAUUGGUCAGACUGGGGGGAGAAUGCAAAACUGGAGAGGGCAGCAAUGGAUGGCACGGACCGUAAGGUUCUUAUAAGCAUGAACCUGGGUUGGCCCAAUGGACUGGCAGUGGAUAAAGCCGGCUCAGAACUCCUUUGGGCUGAUGCACAUACAGAGAGGAUAGAGGCCUCUGACCUGAUGGGAAGGAACAGACGGAUCCUGGUCUCUCCAGUCCAGCAUCCCUAUGGUCUAAGCCUUCUCGGUGCACAUAUAUACUGGACAGACUGGCAGACGCGCAAAAUCCAAAGGGCAGAUAAAGACACAGGGGCAAAUGUCAUUGUCGUAAGGGACAACCUGCCCGGUCUAAUGGACAUUCAGGCGGUGGACCGGACUCGUGCUCUGGGGUACAACAAGUGCGGGGACAGAAACGGGGGCUGCUCUCACCUCUGUCUACCAAACCCUACCAGCUACUCCUGUGCCUGCCCCACUGGCAUCCUACUGAAAGAGGAUGGUCGCACUUGUGACCCAUCUCCUGACACUUACCUGCUGUUCUCCAGCCGCGAUUCCAUCCGUAGGAUCUCUCUGGACACUGAUGACUAUACUGACGUCUAUAUGCCCAUCAAGCAACUGAACAAUGUCAUCUCUCUGGAUUUUGAUAGUGUGGAAGGGAAAAUCUACUACACAGACGUUUUCCUGGAUGUGAUCAGGAGAGUGGAUCUUGAUGGCACCAUGAUGGAGACUAUCAUCGGUGAGGGGCUGAAGACUACGGAUGGCCUGUCUGUGGACUGGGUAGCCAGAAAUCUAUACUGGACGGACACGGGUGCUAACACUAUUGAGGUGUCACGGUUGGAUGGGAGGUACCGGAAGGUUCUGAUUAAUAACAGCCUUGAUGAGCCCCGAGCAAUUGCUGUGUUCCCUAGAAAAGGUUACCUUUUCUGGACGGAUUGGGGUCAUGUUGCCAAAAUUGAGAGGGCUCACCUGGAUGGCUCUGACCGAAAGGUCAUUGUUAAUACUGACCUUGGAUGGCCCAAUGGGCUGACCCUGGACUAUGACACUCGUAGGAUUUACUGGGUAGAUGCCCACUUGGAUCGCAUAGAGAAUGCAGAUCUGAAUGGCAAGACCCGCCAGGUGCUCGUCAGUCAGGUCUCCCACCCUUUUGCCCUAACACAGGAGGGUCGCUGGAUCUACUGGACUGAUUGGCAGACAAAAUCUAUCCAGAGGGUGGACAAAUACUCUGGGAGGAGCCAAGAAACCAUUCUGGGCAACAUGGAAGGAUUGAUGGACAUCAUUGUGGUUUCUCCUCUGAGACAGACAGGUAGUAAUCCCUGUGCGGUUAAUAACGGAGGCUGUUCCCAUCUCUGCUUCGCUCGAAGUUAUGACUUUGUGUGUGCCUGUCCGGAUGACCUGGAGUCUGAGUCCUGCUCAACCAUUCCUGGAUUUUUACCUUCAGCUCCGCAGCCAACAAACAAUAGUGAGAGAAAUUCCGGUCCCUACAGUCCUAAUACUCAGAGCGAGCGAGGUAACCGCACACCGGGGGUGACAGCAGGGAGCUGCUCAGACGAGGAGGCAUCAAGGGGUCUCUGUACCCCCGUAGGAGCAGUGCCAGCCAGUGCAGGGGACAGACUGCGUGUUCCUCACAUAAUUGCUGGGUCUCUGUCUCUGCUAUGCCUGCUCUUCCUGAUCUGCGCUCUGCUGAUCUACAGGCAUCGUCGUGCAAAACUAUCCGAGCCAGCCCUGGGGACCCUCACGUACAGCAACCCCUCCUAUCGCACAUCGACUCAGGAGGUGAAAAUAGACACAAUACACAGGCCCUCAGUGUGUCACCUGCAGCGGCAGCGCAAAGAGGCUGUCUCCGACAAUGGCUUCACCAAAGAGAAGGUCAGGAUCUUGGAGGGCUUUGGUCUACUGUCUGGUGACGAGAGCGAGUGGGACGAUCUCAAGCAGGUGAAGCCAUCCCGCGGCAGCAUCCUUCGGGACCACGUGUGCAUCAAGACAGACACAGUCUCUUUGCAAGCCAGUACCGCCUCGCUGGACCUGACCGAAACACAACAGCUGCUGCAGGAAGAGCAGUCUGAGACGGGCAGCGUCACGCUUCCACCAAGCCCUGAACGUAGAGUCUCCUUACCGGAUACCGGCUGGAGGGGGAGGCACAUACCCUCCACUGAGAGCGAGGUGUGAGGCACCAGAGGACGUGAGACGAGGGAGUGGGGGCUGCACAGAUUCUGCUCACCCCCUCCCCAUUGUUACUCCAACUAAUCAGGAAAUUCUGUAUCCUCCGUCAGCACUCUGCUCUGCUUCAUUACACUUGGACUAAACUGGACUUUUUAUAAGAUCUCUGACUGGACACAUGAUGGGCGAGUUCAUAGUCUACGCCCUUUGGUACACACCCUGGAGGGUGUCGGUGGCUGCUGCUUUCACCUUGUGGAUAGGAGGUGAUGAUCCCCUCGAAGAAGACUGCACAGAUUAGUCGGCGUCGCUGACCUGUGCUCUGACACGGCAAACUGGACUUUAAUAUUUUAUUUUUUAAAGAUAUGAGAAGAGAAAUACAGACAUGUCAGAGGUCAGCACUAGAACAUCAUUACCUAGUGACCUGCUCCCAUGCGGUACUGACCUGGAUGAUCCGUUAUCUGCCAACUGAUAUAUACAGACCUCCGGCAUCUGUGCCAGGAUCACCAGGAACAUAUAACAGUAACUAACUCAUCGCUCACAUCGCCUGCAGGUUACACGUGACCAUAGCAAGGCCUUGUCAGCACAGGAAGGAUUAAGCUCUAAUCCUAAAGGGGGUUUUAAAAAAAUUUAAAAUAAAAAGUCUAAUUUUUAUACUAAGACGGAAUAAAAAAAACUGUCCGCAGUGGGUUGUUUAUUUUGUAACGUUUUUUUAACAAGGAUUUGUGGAUGUUUUUUUUGUUUUGUUUUUUUGUAUUUUAUUUAACCUCUGUAUUUUAGACUGUUGUGAUAACUUAAUAUAAAAAUAGUUUUCGUA